AUGACCUCCAUCCAAAUCCUCGACGGCGGCCUAGGAACUUCCUUGGAGGACUCCUACGGCGUGAAAUUCGACCACACAAAUCCCCUCUGGUCUACACACUUCCUGCUCACCAACCAAUCUACCCUGCUAGCUUGCCAGCGAGACUUUUCAAUCGCCGGCGCCGACGUGCUUCUCACAGCUACUUACCAAACCUCCAUCGAAGGCUUCGCGCGGACCAAAACGGAUGAUUUUCCCGAUGGCAUCCCAAAAGAUGUCAUCGGAAAGUAUCUCGUAGCCGCAGUUGACAUCGCUGAGAAUGCUUCCGUCCGCGAGGAGGCGGCUAAAUUGGCGCUUAGUUUAGGACCGUACGGCGCAAGCAUGAUCCCCGGGCAGGAAUACAGCGGUCAGUACGACGCGGCGCACAGUACAGAGGAGGAGUUGUUUCAGUGGCAUUUAGAGCGCCUCAGGCUAUUCACUGCGGUCGAGGGCCUGAUGUCGCGAGUGAAGUACGUUGCCUUCGAGACGCUGCCGAGGUUAGACGAAGUACGGGCCGUGAGACGGGCGAUCUGGGCCGCGGGGAUGGAGACGAAGUUUUGGGUUUCAUGUGUGUUUCCUGGGGAGGGGGAGGGAUUGCCGGAUGGGAGUAGUGUUGAGGAGGUGGUGCAGGCGAUGGUGGGGGAUUUGGAGGGGGCGGGGAGACCGUGGGGGGUGGGGCUUAAUUGUACGAAGAUCCAUAAGGUUCCGGGAUUGAUUGGGAAGUUUGAGGAGGCGCUGGAGAAGAUGGGGGUUGUGGGCGUUGAAGGCAUGCCGGCGUUGGUGUUGUAUCCGGAUGGGACGAACGGGGAGGUCUAUAAUACUACGACGAAGAUUUGGGAGAAGCCGGAAGGAAAGGUGGACAGCGAUGGAGCAAAGGAAUCCUGGGGUGCCCAACUCGCCAGCGCAGUCCAAAGUGCACAAGCAAGGGGUUGCUUCAAAUCCUUCCUCGUUGGUGGAUGUUGCAAGGCAAGUGCGAGCGACAUUAAGAAGCUUCGAGAACAUUUUCACAAGGAGUUGAACACCUGA